UUUUACUCUUCACAUACUUUUCCCGGUGCUUGCAUUGUGCAUUGUGCAUUAUCCUACGGUUACACUGCGCCUACACCUACAUAUACUUAAAACCCACAAACAAAACAUAAACAUACAGGACGACACACGGAUAUAAUGGCCUUCCAGUACCACCGCAGCGCCCAGACGGAAUUCAAGCCCCCGUUGAUUGCCAACGAGAAUGCCUACCUCGGCGACGUUGCUACCAGCCAAGAAAACGACCCCGAGAAGCCCAUCUCAGCAGGCUUCUACCGGCUGGAAAAAGGCACGCCGCUCGUCUACGAAUACACGUACCACGAGAUGAAGAUUAUCGUGGACGGCGAGUUUGACAUUUCGGACGAGACGGGGCAGAAGGUGCACGCGACGCGGGGAGACGUGUUUUAUUUCCCCAAGGGAUCGAAAAUUACUUUUACCACGGAGAGUUUUGGAUUAGGGUUUUUUGUCGGACAAAGACGCGAGGGCGGAGCAUAAUGCUUUAGACCAGCAAAGUCAUGAGAAUUGUCAUAGCGAAUAUUCUACAUUUGAAUGCAAC